AUGCGUUCCAACGAGUUUGAUUGCUUUCUAACAAUUAAAUACUUUUUGGAAGAGGAAGGGGUCGAAAUAAAUGAGGUUUUCAUUGAGGAAAUGAUUCAGCACCUCACUGGGUUGAAUGAAGGAUUUAACCAGUAUUUUCCAAAUGACCAACAGGUGAAAUAUAAAAAUGAAUUGUGGAUUAAAAAUCCAUUUAUUGUCAAUACACGACCUCCAGCCAUGUCAGUAAAAGAAUAUGAAACCUUCAUUGAAUUGACAUCUGAUUCAUCACUGCAAGAAAAAUUUAAAACAAUGCCAUUAGCAGAAUUUUGGUGCAGUUCAAAAGAUGAAAAUCCUCAAUUGUCACAAUAG